AUGUCAAAUAAGGAAAGUUUGGAAACCAGAGUGUCUCGGUUUCUCUUCAAAUAUCGUAUCACACCACACUCAACCACAGGGAUAGCGCCAGCGGAAAUGCUUAUGAGCAGAAAACUAAGAUCUCGCUUGGACGUACUACAUCCAGAUGUAAGACAAAGAGUACAGGACCAACAGAAGAAGCAGAAAGAUUUACACGAUCAACAUGCAGUGGAUCGACAAUUGCGACCAGGUGAUUUAGUAUAUUCGAGAGAAUAUGGAAAACAACAAAAGUGGUGUCCAGGAGUGAUCAAUACACAAACCGGGCCAGUUUCCUAUACCAUACAGUUGGAAGACGACCGCGAGGUUCAUCGCCAUCAAGAUCACGCUCUUCCGAUCUGAAACACCCGAAGAAAACGAAAAUGACGUCAUGGAUCCAGAUAUCAACCAGCAACCCGUUCCAGACCAACAAGUGGUUAGCGAAGAAAAUGCAGUUCCAGCAGCCCGAUAUCCGCAAAGAGAUAGACAGACACCAGACAAUUAUUCGUGAGUAAUUACAUUAAUUUUAGAGUAUAAAACACUAAGGGAUUAUAAACUGGUAGGUUAUAGUGUUGACAUUAUUAGUUUAGAUGUUAUGUUGCAGGGACUCUGGUUUUAAUCCAGGAAAAAAGGAGUGUAACAUCCGGGAGUUAGCACUUCCGGCGGGAAAAAACAGGCACCUCGAGCAGAACUAGACAGCUGUAUUAACAAGGGAGUUUUACUUAGCAUAGUUGGGUUUUAAGGUUAAAAUACUACAAAUUUCAACAAAAAAGAAGGAAUUUCCAAGGGAGGGUCUAAAUUUUAAAGAAAAUCUGUGGGAAUUCCAAGGGGUAGGUUAAAAAAACAACAUGGGAAUUCCAAGGGAUGGUUACCUAUAUUAAACAAAAAAUGUGGAAAUUCCAGAGACUAGGUCAAAAAUCAUCGGUGGAAAUUCCAAGGGAUAGAAAUUCAUUAAAAAUCUGUGGAAAUUCCAUGGGGUAGAUUUGUAAAAAAUCUGCGAAAUUCCAUGGGUAAGGUUGGAAAUUCAUCAACAUCUGCGGAAUUCCAAGGGAGGGGGGAGGGGGUCCAAAAAUUGGAUGUCCUCCAUAGAGGGGGGGGGGAGUGGAUUAAAAGUGCAAUAAGCCAUUUGACACGCUAAAUCUGCAGUCGCUGUAAAGCCAAUCGUCGCGAGCUUGAUAGCCUUGUCAAACGCAAAACAAGUACAAAUUUGGGUCCAAACAGAAAGAAGUUCAACGUUAAUACAACUAACAUAUACUCUAUACAAAUACGGGUGAUUUCAAAUACCGGUGAUUUUCAAAGCUUUUAUCUAUCGAUAUGAUAAUCAAACUGAUCGAAAAUGCCCGCUUUUAUUGACGCUCGUUGACAGAGUUGCGAAUGCAAAAUAACCUCCCGUAAACAGAACAUUUCUACACAAAACUCUCGCUUAGUCUUCAAAUGCAUUUGUAUGUUCGUUUCUACUAGUUAAACAAGGAAAAUAUCCAAGAAACACUGGUAAAUUAUCGUUCUCAAAAACAUUUCAGUGCUGAGGCCAAUAGCAAGGUCAUAUUCAAGGACAAGGUCAAAUUGUCGAUUCAUUACUUACAUUUUACAGUAGUUCGAAUGUUUUUCGAACUCUUGCUUCAUGCAAGAGCAGUAAAUGCACGCAUUUCAAAGCGGAAUAACUUUCUGUCGUGUCAGCAACUUUUCAAUUCAAUUGAUGUUCAGCUGUAUGUUCAGUGCUACGUCACAGUCGGAAACACUGAUAUACACUAAGUCUUCAGUGGUCUUUGACUAAGACCACUGAACUAUAUAACAUAUGGAAGACUGACUCGAGCUCAAAAAGUAAAGCCAAACAUUGCGGAAAUUGAAGGCAUUCUUGCGCGUCACUCAGUCCCCUUACGUGCGCGGUCAACAAAACUUUUAUAUAUUUUUUUAUUUUCCGAGUAAAAACCUGAUAAAAACAGACGAAAUUUGAAUGAAAAGUUGAAUUCUGGUGUUUUGUUUGAGUUCGGUUCUAAAUUUUAAUUAUUAUUCAGUUUAAAAGAUGCGAUAUUUGAGUGGAAAGAAAGCAAAAUAGCGCGGGAUUGUUGUUUUUGUAAAUGACAAAGAGUGACAAAACAAAACACAAAUGUCACUCAAUCUUUCAAAAUAUCUGUAUUGCCCCUAUUGACAAGGGUUUCACACACAUAAAUAACUCAUUAAAAUAAACAGUUUAAGUUUAUAAAGCAAUCAUCAAAGUGAUUUUAUUAAAUAGAAAAUAAAAAAACAAAAUUUUCUUACAUGUAUGAAAUUAAAUUGGCUAAAAACUGCCUCGAAAACUGCAGUUAAAAAGGAGUUUUAGGUCUGGAAAACGGACUAAAAUAAGCUAAAUAAUGGUGUGAAAACUGAAAAGCACCAUAAAAACAAGAAAGCGAAACAACCAAAACAAAAAUAAAUUCCCAAUUUAUAAGAAUACAGAUUUAUUAAAAAAACGAAAAAUACAGAUUUACUCACACAUACAGUGGGAAAAUGCAGUAGACAGAUCGAUUAGAUAAAGGAAAUCAUGUUUACAUGAAAUAAAUGAAGUUUAUGUCGUUUUUUGCUCUUUUAAAAUGAAGAAAAUCCGAGAGUCGCGGACCCAUCACUUCCCGCCAUGAAAAUACAAAAAAUGUUUGGCCGCGCGGGUAAGGAGACUGAGAAUGACGCGCAAGAAUGCCUUCAAUUUCCGCCAUCUUUGGCUUCACUUUUUGAUUACGUAACUGACUGAAGUCAGCCUUCCAUGUAUAUAGUUCACUGCUGGGCAUUCUGUUGUCGCUGUCUAAAUAUUGCGGGCGCAUUUCUUUAACAAACAUUUUGUUCUUCGAACGCUGAAAAUAUGCAUUGUGAGAGGAUUUUUUGUCCUCUUUUAUGCUUCAGUCAUUUGAAAUCACGCCCCCCCGGGACAUAGCGGGGAAUUACCAAAAUUUAGGGGGGAUUUAACGCUAUUUAACAACGUGCUAUGCCCCGGUGGAAUUCACUUAUUCACCAAUAGCGACGCCAUCUUGAAUCAUGAUGCAUUAUGGGUUAUCCUGUGUAAAAAUUCGAAUUGAAAAGCCUUUAAUGUUGUAUUGAGAUAUAAUACGAUAAUUUUUUUUAUAAACAAUUUCUUGAUGACAAUGAGGCAGUGUAAAUCAAUUUUAUGCGCACUUUGGUGAAAUUAUUUCCCUUUUUAGGCCUAUUUUUUUUAUUUUUCCCAGCUUUUGUGUGUUUUCCUAGUUCUUCUAAAAAUUGUAUGUUAUUUUUAACUAUAAAAACGUGUGUUUUCGCCUACAUAUUUGAUUUACAGCCCUUCAAAAACGCUCAAUUACCCUCGAUCACCCAUAAUGCAUUGCGUUAAACGCGAAAUUCAAGAUGGCGUCGCUAUUGGUGAAUAGGUGAAUUAACAACUUUUUUUAUAACCGGGGAAUUGACCCGGGAUUUAACAGCCGCUAUAUAUAAAUCAUAGAUAUAAAUACACCGGGUAUAUCUGGUGACUUAAAAUGACGCAUAGGGUCGUAAAAACGAAAAUGGCGACUGGCGAAAAACUUCCUCGACAGGUACGUGCGUUUGAAACUUUAUAUUUUAUACUUAAUCCUCAGCCAUCCGCUGCUGUUAAUAUUCAAUAAGUAUCAGGCAUCGCCUUUUCCAUUGUUUGGAUAUAUUUGGCAUUGUUUACAUUUUUUAUUUGCAUAUUUAUUUACAUUUUCAUAUCGAUAUUUUGAUAUGCAUGACCAGACAUUGUCAAUACAAUACUUGACGGAAAUUCAAUCUGGAAGUUGCGGAAGACAGGUAAUUCAAAUGCAUGCAUGAUGCGGAAUUUGUCUUGUUUAGGUAUACUAAAGCCCGGCCGUACGGGGGUUUUAACAGACCAGUUUGUCCCAGGGGCGGGGGAUUUAAUGCUUUUUGUAUCUGCGAAGCAGAUAUAUAUGCUAUCGCAAACGUGCCGUGACCGUACCGUAUGUUAGCACAUAGCCAUUCAGCGACGAGCUUAUAUAAUUUAAGCCAAUCUUAUAUAAUUUAAGCCAAUCAGCGAUUAGGUUACAUAUCGUGUCCGCAUCUAACCUGCGAAUGGGCAUGGUUUGCCUCGUGUUAUUCAUUUUAUAUUCUCGCUAUUUUGGUUGGAAUUGCUGAGUUAGUUUCUGGCCUUUCUACUUGCAAGUUAUCGUCAUCUAUCUACAUGGAAACUUUAUAUCCUCAUCUGGUAAGUAGUCAAUUUUGCUCGAGAUCAAAACAAUCUCUUUGGAGAGCAAAACAAUCUCUUCGGAGAGCAAAACAAUCUCUUCGGAGAUCAAAUCAAUCUCUUCGGAGACCAAAUCAAUCUCUUCAAUCUCUUUGGAGAUCAUGCAGAACAAGCUUUUCUGAAACGAUUUACGAUAUUUGAAGUAAUUCACGAGCAAAAUACAUAUAACAUUGUACUUUUAUACCGAACUCAGAGUAGCUAUAUUAAGUGUAUAAAUUCAGAUCACAGUACAUGUAGUUGCGGAUCGACUGUACGGAAAUUAACUAAGCAAGCAAAUACUAAACGGUCUAGAGACCGUGCACCGUCCAGAUUGCCUUUAAAGAGAAUUAUAUUGGCUAAGAGAAAGAGAAAAAAUAGGUCAUUUUUAAAGCAUUAUUUUGUAAGAACUGUCCCCAAGUCAUCCAUUUUGAACAAGAUAGCUAGUAAUUUCAAGCAAUGUUGUUUUCAAUUUGGGCAAAUACAACAUAUUUUUAUUAAUUCAUUUGGAUAUUUUAAGCCAUGUGUCAACUUAGUUCACAAAAACAUGUAUAUACAGCAAAACAAUCAUUGUGUAAUAUGUUCUACAGUCAAAACAUAGCAGGUAAUAUUGCCAAUGAACAAUAUCACAUAUCUCAAAGGGCACUAAUGUUGUCAGGAGAUAUUGAAUUAAAUCCUGGUCCUGUUCAAAACAACAGUCAAACUAGGUUGUCAUCAAAUGUGGUGUUACAACAAAGGUUAAGACGCUUUCAGUUAAGACCAUUUGAUGUUGGUGGUGAUGGUGACUGUUUCUUUCGAGCGGUGUCAUAUCAAUUAUAUGGUAACCCUGAACAACACUUUGUAGUUAGAGCGGCUGGUAUUGCAUAUAUGAGAGAUAAUCCUGAGAGAUUCAUUGAAAGUAACACUGAAAUCUCUUGGUUAGAAUACCUUAAUAAUAUGUCCAUGCAAGGGACAUGGGGGUGAUGCUAUAUGAUAAUACAAGCUGUGGCUGACUAGCUUAAGUUAAAAAUUACUAUUGCAGGAACACAUGAAGGGUUUCGUGAGUACAGUAUAAUACAACCUGUACCAUCAACACAGUGUCAACUAACUCAUGUCUAUUUGGGUCAUAUAGAUGAGUAUCACCAUGUAUCAACAUUGCCAUGUACUUCAACAUCAGGUUUUGUUGAGAUAUAUCCUGAACAGUCAGCCCAGAGCUUUCAGCCUAAGCAAACAAGAACACAGUAUAUGAACAAACUCAUGAAACAAAAACGAGCUAAUGAGACACAGAGCCCUGAGGCUAAGGAAAAAAGAAGAGUUUAUGCAAGGGAAUAUAGGAAAGGUAAACAGGCCAGGGAGAGUUCCCAGUCCUCAACACUGAGCAUUGAGGCUGGGCAAAAGAAAAGACUAUAUGCAAAGGCAUAUAGGAAACAUAAACGGGCCAGUGAGAGUUCCCAGCCCUCAACACUGAGCAUUGAGGCUAGGCAAAAGAAAAGACUGUACACAAAGGAAUAUAUGAAACGUAAACGGGCCAGUGAGAGUUCCCAGCCCUCAACUAUUGAGAACAGCUUGUGAAGAAGCAAAAAGGGGAAACUCCAUGGAAAUAAGUUUUUGAACAAUGUUGAAAUAAGUGCACAAGAAGCAGUGUAGAUAGUACUUCAACUUCCAAUGAGGAAAUCUUCUCGUCAAGUAGUAUUUAUAAAUACUUCACCCCCUGAAUAUAGAGUUCAGUUACUAAAACCAUUGCAAGAAAUUAAUGAUUUGGAAGAUGAUUCUGAUGAAAUUUAUGCAUCUGGUCUAAUAAAGCGAUCCACAAAACGACCAGCCAAACUUGAAAAUGUGUCCCUUGCAGAUUGGGCUGCAUGGUACGACUCCACUGGUAAGCCAUAUAUCAAACCAUCUGGUGAAUUAGAUAUUGAUAAUUAUCCACUUGAGACAAACUUGAGUGAUAAUGAUGAUCAUAAUAAUGAGGAAGAAGAAAACAAACAAAAGAAUAAAAAAAGAUCUAAAGCCAGAAUUAUUCGAAGUGUCUGUUUUAACAAGGAA